AUGGGGCUCAUGGCAUUAUGUCUGCUGUUCUGCACUUUGGUUGCCAAGGAACACGCCCCUGGGGCCCCUCCAGAUCAGGAGCAAGGGCCUUACCACCUAGACAACAUUCUGGAAAUGAGACCACUCACCUCCUCACCCAUUCAGCCCUUCACAAAUGAUCCUUUUUCCUACUCUGGGCACCCAGGUCUCAGGCUUGCCACAAGUCACUGGGGUCUGGGGAUUUGGUCUGCAUUCUGGACUCCAACCCUUCUGUUGGCCAUAGUGCUGUGUCUGAUUCUAUGUCCUUCCUGUGUUCUACUUCAGGGUACAAAGGUCACACCCGGGAAUGAGAAUGAGAACUGUGUGGGGUGGACCAUCCAUGCAGGCCUGCUGAAGCAGCGAGUGGAGCACCUCGUGCCCACCUUCUUGGGGAGAGACCCCACGUAUGUCUCCACCUUCUUGGGCACGUACCCAACUUUUACUACCACCCAGCAGGUCCUGGAAGUGUUGUUUAUGAGAUACGGAUGCUUGCAUUCAGAGGCUGAGGAGGAUGGCGGACCCCGGGAGCAGGAGAAAAUGGCCAUCUCCUCCAUCCUGGGCACCUGGCUGGACUACUACCCUGAGUACUUUUUCCAGCCCCCAGAUUUCAUCAGCCUGAAGGCACUGCAGGAAUAUGUAGGGGUCCACAUGCCGGGCUCUGAGCUGCAGCGCCGCGCCCGCCUUCUCUACUCAUGGCGGAGAAAGUCUUUGGCAGCAGCUCUAGAGCCACAUCCACACGUCCCUCGGGAGCGAGACCCCGCUAUCCCUGUGGUGCCCACUGCAGCCUCGCAGCCCAGGCUGCCUGAAGCCACCAGUUCUCCUGGAGCUCAGCACGUAUGAGAAUCGGAGACCCUCACUACAGUGUCCCCACCAGGGCAGGAGGUACUCCCAGCUCUGGCUGACAGACAGGAUCUGGAAGAGCCACCUGCCCCUUUGGUGGCCCCAGAGCAUGAGCAGCCCUCAGCCCCAGCUGGUGGGGUCACGGAAGGGCUGGAGGAACCACCUGCUGCAGCUGAGCAACCAGCCUCAGCUCCCCAACAGCGGCUCAUGUCUGCUGCAGCCCCAAAGGAUGAAUUCCCUGACCUUGUCAUUGCGUUCUUUGUCAUUUUUGUGGUUU